UUCCUUCCGUUUCCAUCCCUUUUGCCUUCCCUCCAUCAAAUCAGUCCGUACAUUCCUGUUACGUUCCUCCGCUUACCUAAUUUUUUUGCUACGAUUCCGGCGAAGGCCGUGUCGAAGCUGGUCAAAAACGAUUCCUCAGUGCAUCAGGUUCUUGACUAUUUUCAAGGUAUGUGGCUGUGAGCCCACUCCAGAGGCCGUUUCGACGUUCCGUUGUUAGUGAGGUCGCCACGAAGAAGCCCGACUCUGCUGUGAAGAGAGCUCGGCAGGCCGAAAACAAAACCCGGGUGAAGAGGAGACUUGGUGAAAAGAAAGCUAUAGAAUGGCAAGGGUAGUGAAAAGGAAAGAUGAGAGAAUUCUGACAAGGCUGGCAGAUGAGUUCGAACAACUGGCCGCUCAGCUGAACUCUCCGGCACCGAUAACCAUGGAAAUUGGCAAGUUCACCCAAGCCUGUCGUCUCGUUUCUCCUCUCGUUCGACACUUCGGCGUCGCUUUGAAGUUCGCCGACAUAGAGUACUCUGCUGAGGUUAAUGGGAUUGAAAAGGCAGGAAAGUCAGUUAAUACCCUAGAAGAUUUGCUUGACCGUGAAAUACAACAGAAUACCAUGAAGGACCAAAGUAGUGCUUCGAGAUCCCUCAUCAGAGUGAAGCGUUCACUUGAGAUGUUUAAGAUAAUAUUCGAGCAAACCAUGGCCUCAAGCGGAAAUUCAAUCAUGGAUCCGGUUAACACAGCAUAUAAACAAGUUUUUUACCCCUACCACGGGUGGGCUACCAGAAAGGCUGUUGCGGGUGCACUGUACACCCUUCCUACAAAGUCACUGUUCUUGACGAGGCUAAAAUUAGAUGAGGCAUCGGCUUUUGUUCUGAUGCAAAGGACAGUUACAGCAUUGGCUCCUCUGAUACACUACAUCGACAACUUAUUCCAUUCAAGGGAGUCAGCUCAAGAGCUGCUACGCUUGAUUUGAUCGAUUUCCGUCUUUCGCACGUACGCAUGCAUUUUUACAAAUAUGCUUUGAUUUCCGUGUUUCAUAUGUAUAGUAUGAUUGAAUAUCAGCGUGAACCUUAUAAGGAUUGUUAUUCUAUUUGGUUAUAGUUAUGAUACUUUUCCUUU